AUUUACCACUCAAGCAUCCAGUUACAUCCUUUUUCAAGCCCAUGGAAUUUACACAGUCAACUCAGUUCAUCGACCGUCUCAUCACACAGCUUUCUCUUUCCCACGUCUCGCCACAAACCAACAAUGACACCACUACCACCAGGGAAUCGGAUAGACCAUCAAAUCCUCUCGCGAGCCUACCACCCACACAUUCCGCACACGCCAAGUCCUUGAUUCUAACACUCCACUGUCUAUUCCCCAACGAGCUGCUUCUAGCCCUAGACAUCCUCGACCGGAAGCUCGUACGACGGUAUCUUAUUCGAAGGGAGGAGGCUAAUACCCCCGACAACAAAGUAUCUGGAGAAACUUUCUUCGUGAUCUCUGCCUCUUCCCCGCCAGGUGCAGGUGUGGAUUCUUCUUCCCCUGCUGAAAAGGAAAAGGGGUACGAAGUCCGUCUUCGCGCAUGGAACUGUACCUGUCCGACAUUCGCGCUUGCCUGUUUCCAGCACGGUCCAGAAACAUCCGAACCGCAACCUGAUUCUGAUGCCGAUACUGAUACACACUCCCCUUCUUUGUAUCCCUUUGGCGGAUCGAUAGGCCCUCGCCAGUCUGCAAUUUGUAAACAUCUGCUUGCCUGUGUACUGGCCGCGAGAUGUCCUGCGGUCUUUGGGGUCGAUUCUGACGCGCGAUGGGAGAUCACGCCGGCGGAGCUGGUAGGGUGUUUGGCUUAAUACAUCUACGAGAUGAAAUAUAAAUUUAAUUCUUCACCAUGUUCUUCAA